AUGUCUGAGGAUAUCUACGCCAAGCCAGACCUCACCAAGAAAGUUAGAUUUCAGGCCGGUGAGAAGGAGGACGGAAACACAGACGACUGUGAUGACAUCGACAGUGUGAGGAUUUAUGACAACUGCUGGGCAGAAGAGAGCACGCCACAGGACAAAACACAGGACAAAACACAGGACAACACUACUGAGGACCAGCAGCAAAUUUUGACUACAGCCUCUCUGAUCAGCUGUUUAUUUGUGUCUGCAGUCUCUUCAGUCAGUGUGAGUCCAGGAAAGAGGACUUGUCUGGGAGCUGCUGCAGUGUUUCUGGGGCUGCUGUGUCUUCUCCUCCUGGUGGCCCUCAUUGUCCUGCUGGUCCUAUUAAUUCCACAAAGACACCAACUGACCAGAGAGAGAGAAGAAAUGAGAAGCCUCAAUCACAACUUGACCACCGAGAGAGAAGAAAUGAAACGCCUCAACCACAACCUGACCAACGAGAGAGAAGAAAUGAGAAGCCUCAAUCACAACUUGACCACCGAGAGAGACGAAAUGAGAAGCCUCAAUCACAACUUGACCACCGAGAGAGACGAAAUGAGAAGCCUCAAUCACAACUUGACCACCGAGAGAGACGAAAUGAAAAGCCUCAACCACAACCUGACCAGAGAGAGAGAUGAACUACAAAAAUAUAUUGAGACAACGUGCUGUCCUGACGAGUGGAUGAAGUUUGCCAAGAGUUGUUAUUGGAUGUCCACCUCAGAGAAAGUCUGGUCUAACAGCAGAAGAGAGUGUGAAACUCGUGGUGGACACCUGGUGAUCAUAUCGAGUCUAGAGGAACAGGAAUUCAUCAGCUCAUUUAACCAGAAUGUCUGGAUUGGUCUGACUGAUGAAGAGAGUGAAGACAACUGGAAAUGGGUCGAUGGAUCAGCAGCUUCCACAACGUAAGACAUUUUCUAUUUAUUAUUUAUUGACCGUCACUGUGUUACAUUCAUAAUGUGUCAUAACAGGCAAAC